UUUUGGAAAAUCAGGCCAGCACAUGAAUGGUGAUCUUGAAAAUAGUCAUAAUUUGUAUGGAUUACCGCAAGUUUCACAACCAAAAGAGAAAAAGAAUGCUUUAAAGUUACAAGUGUUUCAACCUGAGAACAUAAAAAUGCCAAUUCAGGCAGAUAAUUCACCUGGGGUAGAUUUUUCAGAAAUGCCACUUCAGAUGAAUGGACAUUCUGAUGAUUCACGGGGAUUUGAACAUUCAGAGACACCAGAAUACCACCAGCAGUUGUCAAGUAUUCCAAGCCUUAAUAGUAUAAACUCCAGUCCCGAAUAUGAUAAAUAUCCAGUGCAAUGUAACACACCUCAGACUCCUAAAGAUUCAACUGUAAAUCCCUUUGAGGCUCAGAUAUCUGGAAAUAGUGUAGGACAGUCAAGUCCUUCAAAAGCAAGUCAAGGUAGGAAGACAGAUGUUGAAUCUAUGCAAGACAUUCCUAAACUACAAAAUCUGAAAGAUGAUUUGGAAACAAAUUGUGAAUCAAAUGAUAAAACUAAACAGUUCUUUCCUGGUGGUAAUUUUACAAAAGGAGCUAUUUCAUCACAGUCUUUACCUGCAACUUUACACCAGACUGUGCCUCAAAAAGGAGUAAAUUCAAGUGGUUCUUUACCAUCUGAACUUGAAAAUGAAACACAGUAUGCUGAAAAAGUUGCAAAUACAAACUUGUCUACUGUUACCGAUAAUGAGAUAGGAAUGCAGAAAAGUGAAAUACAAGAGAACCAUUCUAUGGAUUGUGCAAAUGAAAGUAUAAACACAAAAACUGUAAAUGAUGGAUAUUUAACGGAUAAAAUCCAAAAUAAAGACUUCAGUAAACCAAAAUCUGCAAAAGUUGUAGGUUUUGGAAACAUGGAUGAACUUGAAGAUGAUACUGAUAUAAAUGAAUAUUUGUGUGAUGAAUCUGAAGGAUUGAACAAUCAGGAGCCUGAUUCUCAAUUAGGAAAGCAGACUGGUUUAAGCUACUUGGACAACCAAUCUGGUCAUGGUUUUGCAAAUUUUCCACCUGAGAAUCAAGAUUCGUUACGAGUUUGUGAUACUGAAAUAGUAAAUAAAGAAGAAAAAGAAACAAAGGCUAGAACAACAAAACUUGAUGAAUGUGACAUGGACACAUCUGAGGUAUGUGCAACAAAUACUGUGAGAGACUCAGGUUAUUCAGAUGAUCAUGUUGAUACUAAAACAGAAUCAGCAUUCAGUCAAGCAGAAAAUUCAAAUAUUGAAGUUUUUAAAAAUUUAACAACUAUUCCAAAUCAAAGUAAUGCAAACACUAAUCCUGUGAUAACCAAUCUCUCUUCAACUUUAUCACCAGUGGCAAACAUUUCACUAGAUAGUGGUGUUGCCUCAUUAAAUGAUGAUUUGGAAAACACAUCUACACACACAAGUGAACAUAGUGAACAUUUAAUGGAUGUUGGUACUAGACCAAAAGAUUCACAAAUGAAAGUUAAUCGGCCAAAUUCAUUAAUGGGGCUCUCUACUGUGAAUUUGAAAUCCGAGUCACCAUUUGUGAUAAAACCACUUGUCUCUGAUGUUGUGGAGAUGGGUGAAGAAACUAGUCAUGUCGCUAACCCAGUGAAUCAAGAUAAGGAAAAAAUGGUUAUUGAUUCUGUGAUAAUUCAGAGUGAAGAAUCUAGACAGUUGAUGGAAAAUUCUGACAAUGGAAUUGAAAAUGUUGGUAAAAACAUUAAUGCUGAUAAAGUGAAGGGUGACAGUGAGGCGGAUCUUGUUGAUAUGAGGUAUCCAGAUAGAAUGCAGCCAUCAGAAGGAAUAGCUUUAGACAGGCCUAGAUCUUGGAGUCCAUCAGACUCAGGUCAUCCACCUGUCCAAAAGCAGAAAAGACCAACAAGUUUGAAUCUCCCACCUCCACCUACAAUUAAUCCAGCUGUUGAUAGGGAAAUGUCAGAUGAGGAACAAUCCCCAGAAACUGAUGCUGGUGUUGCUAUGGAAACAACAGCAGGCAGAAAUGAGGAACACGAUGCCACAGCUGAUCAAGAUAGUCCAGCUGGGGCAGAGGGUGGGGCUGAAGCCCCUUUCAUUCCCCCAGAUGACAUGGAACUAGAUCCUCCACCACCCUAUAGUACCACAUUAGGUAAGGUGGCCCCGAAAUGGAUACCAGAUGCUGAAGCACCGAUAUGCAUGAGUUGUGAAUCAAGAUUUACCUUCACAAAGAGAAGGCAUCAUUGUAGAGCCUGUGGAAAGGUGUUUUGCUCUACAUGUUGUUCUAUGAAGAACGCUGAGAGAGAUGCUGGUCGUCCUCCCCACCCCAACAACCCUGCAGAUUACUGUAAUGUACCACCAACACAAGGGGCCAGUGCUGCCCCUCCCUCGGUCCUUGUUCCUGUUCUGAAACGAGAUGGGAGUGUUGGAGUUGAGAGUUCCAAUCGGCAAAGUGCACCAAAGCAGGUGAUGUUUUCUGAUGGAAUACGUCCAGGAGGUGACCUUACUGAACUAGAUGGGUCAAGUGAAGUAUCUAGAAUGCCUCCACGAAGGUCCCGGGUUCAGAAACGUGUAGAAAGAGUAGCGCAAGGUCAGCACACUCCAAGAUCUCGUAGGUUAAGAACUGUUGCAGAAAGAACAACUAAAUGUCUUAUACCAGCAGACGGAUUGCCUCCCUUAUCAUUACCUCAAAGUGAGGCUCCAGGAAACAUCCUGUUGUCAAAUCCUGAUCCAAAUGAAUUUAUGGCAAAUAUUAAAGAUGAAAGUAAGCCACCUGUGAUAUUUGCUGUAAAUACCAAUUUGUAUGUGUCUGUCAAAAUUGCAACAUUGGAUUGUUGUGUGAAUCGUACAAUCUGGUGUUUCACAACUAAGGGUAUGACAUGUGUUGGUCAGGAGGAGAUUGUUAUUGUCCUUGAAUGUUUACCAGAUGAAAACAUACCACCUAAAGAUAUCUUUGUCCAUUUAAAUGAUGUUUUUGAGGAGGCAAGCAAAGGUAAUGUGAUAACAGAAUUGGGACACUCGAUAUUCAGUGAUAGUUUUCUUGGCAGUAGAGAUCAUGGAGGCUUUCUCUAUAUCCGUGCAUCAUUCCAAUGUGUUCAGAAAUUGGCAUUACCGGGGGCGCCAUUUUUGUUCGGAAUUCUCCUCCAGAAAUGGGAAACGCCCUGGGCAAAAGUUUUUCCUUUACGAUUGUUACUUAGACUAGGUGCUGAAUACAGAUAUUAUCCGUGUCCUCUGAUAGGGAUUAGGAAUAGAAAACCUGUGUUUUAUGAGAUAGGUCAUACAAUUAUGAACCUGUUGGCAGACUUCAGGAAUUUCCAGUAUAUGUUACCGAAUAUCCGAGGGGUCACAAUACAUAUGGAAGAUAAAGUCACAAAAAUUAACUUCCCAAGAAACAGAUAUGAAGAUUUAAUGAAGGUUGUGAACAACAGUAAUGAACAUGUGAUGGCGAUAUCUUCAUCAUUCAGUUCGGAAGCUGACUCGCACCUUGUUUGUAUCCAGAACGAUGAUGGCAACUACCAAACUCAGGCAAUUAACAUACAAAACAAACCAAGAAAAGUGACAGGGGCAAGCUUUGUUGUGUUUAAUGGUGCUUUAAAAACAAGCUCUGGUCUCAGUGCAAAGUCAAGCAUUGUAGAAGAUGGACUGAUGGUACAGAUAACUCCUGACUCUAUGCUGGCAUUAAAACAAUCGAUCAGGGACAUGCAUGAUUACCCUAUCAACUGUGGUCUUAUAGGGGCACCUAGACCUGAUGAAACUGUUGUUGUCCAAUGGGUGGAGGAUGAUAAAAAUAUCAAUAUUGGGGUAAAAAGUCCUGUUGAUGGAAUGAACAUGGAUGGAAUAGAGAGUCUACGUAUACAUCAUGCCACUGAUUACAUUGGUGAGAAAAAUAUCAUGAGGUGGACAGAAAUAUUUUUUAUACAGAAUGAAGAGCGAGGUUCACCAAAGUGGGACCCUGUAGACCUCAGUCGUAUAGGGGAAACAGUGGCAACAGCUUGUUGUAUGGCUCUUACCCGGCACCUAGAGAAGUUAAAAGAGGCAGAGCUGGAAAGGAUAGGGCUGCGAGUUACACUCGGCACUGAAAACGUGGGAUAUGAGGCAGGGUCAAAAGGUGAAAGGUUACCAGAUGUGUAUAUGAAUGACCUUGACAAUGAACUUAUACCUGUUAUACAUCGAGCUACACAACAAGACACUAACAUCAUAUUAGAACUGAUAUUUGAAGUUUUGGAAUGAUAUAUAGAAUCUCCCAAUCAUCUUUAUGGUUGUACAUUAAAAUCAUUGCAAAAAUAUGUGAACAAGUGAAGUGCCAACAAAAAAAUGUGAAGGGUCAAAUCCAGUUGCAGACUUACACAGAAUAGAAGACCAGGAAGUCCAUCAUAAGAUUGGUUGAUCAGAUUUUGAAAUUGACUGAGUGUCGUAGGAAUUUAAGUUGAUUACUUAUAUUUUAGUUCCUACCAUAUUAAGCCUCUUUUUUUUUUAGCUCGCCUUAGCAUAACAUGCUGAAAGGUGGGGUUUUGUGAUGGCCAGAUAUCUGUUUAUAUCUGUUGUAUGAUGUUAUCUACAAUUUGUUAAACAAUAUCUCUUCUCAUAGAUAAUGACUAAAAUAUCUGAAAGAAACUUCAUGGCCUAAAGCCUUCUGGUUGAGUAUGUAACAUUGUCUAGUGGGCCUCUAUUGUACAUUUAUAUUAUGGGCCUGGGAUCAAAAUUGUGGGAGAAAAAUUUAAAACUAACUUUUUUAAAUAUCUUUUUUUACUGAACAUUUAAAAUGUAGUGAUGAUCCCUACAAUAGUUUCGUAAAUUAUUGCUGUGGAUUGGAACAUGAAUUAUUGAAGUGAAUUAAAAAGAAAAAGGUGUUAACCCUUGGGAACUUGAUUUUCUGAGAUGAGCGAUUCAGGCCUUCUAAGCCCUCUUGUUGUAAAAUUGCAAAUAUAUGGCACUAACAGAGGUAGAAAGAGGUUAUUUUACUGUUCUGUCAGUACUUCUAUCAUAAUUAUUAUUUUUACACAAAUUACUAUAGAACAUAUUAAACAGAGUUACAGAUUAAACAGGACAUUAAACUGAUAAUAAUGGUUGUUCCUGAAAUGAUUAACCGUGUUCCUUUGGUCUUAAUUAUAAAGAAUUAAACUGGAUUAUAUUAUUAUCCUUUUUAUUUUACCAUCUUUAUUUCAAAUGUGAUCGUAUAAAAAUUAUAUGAUUUAUAAUUUCAGAAUUGUAACAAAUCAUAAGGCAUCACUAUUUGUAUGAAUGCUUUUAAAUAAUAUGAAUGAUGAAAUAACCAAAUUACCAGCAUUUAACAAUCAUAGCAUGUUAUACCAGAUUAUAUAACAGACUGCCAUGAAUGGUAUUAACCCUUACCACUUUCUAUAUCUUAAAUGGACUUGUCCAUCUUUUCAUCUGGACAAAACCAUUCAGCAUUUUAGGCAGAAAUUUCAAAAUAUAUAUAUAUGAUUGUAACAAUAUUAUGUUAAAUAUGGUACAUGAUUAUGUUACAAUUUGGUACAUGAUUAUGUUACAAUAUGGUACAUGAUUUUGUUACAAUUUGGUACAUGAUUAUGUUACAAUUUGGUACAUGAUAAUGUUACAAUAUGGUACAUAAUUAUGUUAAAUAUGUUACAUGAUUAUGUGGCAGACUACUAUAAAAUGUGCCAGGUGAUCUUGGAGUGUUCUGGUUGCAUGGGCAGAAUCAGUUGCUGGCAAAAGGGUUAAGAGUUUAUUUUAUUUAUGUAAAAUAUUUGUUGAUUUUUGUUGAAUAUUUGCAUUUGUUAAUUAUGCGUUUGUACACAUUUACAGAUUCUAUAUAUGUUGAAUAGGGUGAACCAUUUAAUGUAUAACUUUUAUUGUCUGUUUUACAAAAUAUUCUACCAAAUAUAUAUACACCUAUAUAUAUGAAUAUGUAUGUGUGUACGUAUAGUGUGAAUGUAGUCGUGAAAAUCGUGUUAGAAUCAUAAUGAUGAUUUUAUCCCAGAUAAUAUCCCAGUUUUCAUACAAAUUUAAAUUAUUUAGAAAAUUAUUUCAUUUAGUAAAUUUUAUUAUAUGAUUUUUUUUUAUUUUAUUUGCCUCAAUGCAAUCUUGGUAGUUUUGUUUAAAAAAAGGGGCCAUUUUGAUUAAUGCAUUAAGUUAUUUAAGUGUCUAGUUUCAAAUAAACUUGUACUGAAAAUUACAAAUUGCAGCAGGGGUGUUAAUUAAUAUUGUCAUGAAAUCUUUUUGUGAAAGUAGAAAAAGAAAAAUGCUUAUUUUUAAUGUGUAUUACAUUAUAUCACAUUACUUUAUUAUCAUAUUAUUGAAACGAUCACAGAAAAGUUCAUAUUUUGAAUGCUACAUUAUUUAUUGUCAUCUUCAUACUGAUGUUCUUUAGAAAAUUUCUAGAGAAAUAUUGGUAUAUUAAUCCAUUUUUUUGCAUUAACCAUUACCACACUAAAUAUCCUAAAUGGACUUGUCCAUCUUUGAAUCAGGACAAAACCAUUCAGCAUUUCUAGGGAAAAUCUCAAAGUAAUUACUGGCUGAAUAUUGAACUGUUACCAUGAUCAGACUAAAUGGAAUUUCCGGCUGAUCUUGGUCUGCACAGAUGGCAUGGGUAGAUUCAGUUGCCACCAGCAGGCUUAGGGUAAAUCAAGACUCGUGUUCAUUUUAGUAAGACUGUCAAUUUUCUCACUUGCAACAAACUUGUACUUAUUAAAGCAUUUUGCUUGUAUCCCCUUUCACUUAUAAUGAUGGAACCAGAGUUUUUAUUUAUGAUGGAAUUUUAAAAUGACUGCAGGGAGUAAGAAUCUAUUGGACAUUUUGUUUGUUUGUUUUUGAAUCUUGAGUAGGUCCAUGUCUUAAUUAUGUUACAUGAUGAUGUUACAUGAUUAUGUUAUAAUAUGUUGCAUGAUUAUGUCACAAUUUUGUCAUGAUUAUGUUGAAUAUAUUACAAUUUAGUACAUAAUUAUGUUAAUUACGGUACAUGAUUAUGUUGCAUGAUAAUGAAACAUGAUUAUGUUGCAUGACUAUGUUAAAUAUGUUACAUGAUUAUGUUAAUUAUGUUACAUUGUUAUAUUACAAUAUGUUUCAAAAUUAUGUUACAAUAUGUAAAGAUUAUGUUACAUUGUUAUGUUACAGUAUGUUACACGAUUAUGUUACAAUAUGUUAAUUUAUUCUGAUGACAAUUAAUGAAAAAUGUAGAAUGUAGGAACAAAGAGGCUUUGUAAUUGUGCAAUAUUAGUUUAUGUUUAGAAUUAAUGCACCUUUUCAUGAAAACAAGGUUGUGUUAAAUGUAAUAUAUCUCUGUAGCUUAAAAUGAUGUUAGGACUAGUGUUAAAAUUUACAUUAACUGGAAAAUUCUUUUUACAUUUAUAAAAAGGGUUAAAGAGUGAAAAAAGAGUAGGUGAAUGAACACAAAUUUAAAGCAAUGUUAUUUACCAAGUUGUUGAUACAUUUAUAAUGGUGAUUUUUAAACUGUUCUGAAUGUAACAUUCUUACUGAAAGUUUAAUACCAGUAGUUUUUCAAGAAUCAUCUAGAAUCUUGUUUUGUUUUGAUCCAUAUGCAUUAGAAUAUUUUUAACUAUAAUGAAAAGGCAUAUACUGAAAGAUACUUUUAUCACGUUGUUGAGAUAAUCUUGAAAGAUCCAAAGAAAUAUUUAUUUUCUGAAAUGUCAUGCCUUAUUUAAGUGAUACAAUUUAGAGAAGAAAUCUUUAGCUUGCCUGUUAUGUGUACAGAAUGUGUACUGGGGGUUACUAACAAUGAUUUUGCCAAAAAAGAUGUCAAAGUGCAAUCUUAAGAAAUUUACAUCUCAGAAGUGGUAAGCUUUAGAGCUUAGGUAUUUCAACAUGACAUCUUUUAGUAUACUUCUGCAAAGUUAUACUAGAAAGUCUAACCUGAUGUACUUAACUUUUACAGCCAUGCUUCUGUAUCAAAGUAAACUGUAUAAAUCCCAUUCAUUGAUGGCUCUGAUUAUAUCAGCUAAAUAUUAAUUAUUCUGUACAAAGUUGAAUGAAUGUUUGUUGUAUAAAUUCAUUUCUUCAUUACAUAGGAUUCGAAAUGGCAUAUUUAUAAAGGGACAGGUCCCUUUGGAGAGAAAAAAUUAUUUGAUAUUCCUUUGACUUCUUCAUAGAAAAUUUAUAGCUGGAAAUAUUGCUUCACUACAGAUUACUCAGCUAUUUUUAUAUCUCUAUAGUUUACUAGGAACAGCUCGGUUUCAAAUUUAUAUGCACAAAUAAUGUUCUAUUUAUGAAACAGAUGUUAUAAAACAUUCCGGAAACAAGUUAACUUUAUAUAAAUUCUAAAUAUUUGUAGAUUUUGAGGGAGGUCAAAGGAAUAUAUUGACUGUAUUUAUGAAACAUAAAUCACAUUUCAUGCAGCAAUGAUCAGUAUAUAUGUUGAGUCAAGUGUUUGAUAAAGUUAUAGAUGACUACAAAGAGAAUACAAUAUACAAGAAGUAGGUGUAUGGUAUUUUUCAGCACAAAAUAAAUCCUUGAAUAUUA